AUGCAAUACCCACUCACGAAAUGUUUGCUAAUUUUUGCCGUUAUUUUCCUCAUUCCGAUCACAUUUAUAAGUAUUCUGAAGAUUACAGAGGCUGACAAUCAAAUACUGGAGCAGAAAGUAGAUUCGUAUGCAUCCGCCCGUUUAGCAGAGCGUAAUGAUUUGAUGAAUGGAGAAACACGUGCAAUAAUCAUUACUAAGCUUUUUAGUUCCUCAGAUACAAUCGAAGCAUUUACUAUCGACACUGAGACCUUUAAGUCUCUGCAAACGAGCUACAUGCUUUUUAAGGGCGACCAGCUUCUUCAAUACUGCCGAAAUAUACUGACCAGAAGGUGCCAGAUUACCAAUGACUUUGACAUCAAAUACGUUGAGAAACUACGACAAGAUUUACGAUAUCCGAGAUUAAUUACAAUAGCAAGGUUUUAUUUGCGAGACGAGUUUGUUCAAAAAUUUUGGGAGUUAGUCUAUGACUUGAAGAAUAAAUGUGCCAAGCUGCCAAAGAACGAAGGUCUGGUCUACAUGUUUUUUGAUCAAGAAGUAAUCCGCACGAGCUAUAUAUAUUUUGCGCACAGCAAAGGCAAGAAGAACCAUUUAUACCGGGUUCAUCGUCUUUGGAAAGAACACUCGAUUCCCUUCGCUAAAGAGUGUGCUCUUUACAUGUUUUCGCACUAUCUGCAAUGA